UCAUCGGUUUUUUGUUUCAGCAGCUCACCCACACGGCUCUGUUUGAAUUUAGAUAUAUAAAGGUAAAACGCGUUCAAAAUGUCCAGUUCCUCAAACCUGGCGGCCAUGGAAAAAGUGGUACGACAGCUCCGUUUAGAGGCGAGCAUAAACAGAGUUAAGGUUUCCCAGGCGGCUGUAGACCUUCAGCAGUUUUGCAUGCAGAACGCCUUGCAGGACCCUCUGCUCACUGGCAUGACCUCCAGCACAAACCCCUUCAGGCCGCAGAAGGUCUGCGCUUUCUUGUGAAACAAAUUUUUUUUUGAUGUUACAGGGAGUUGUUGAUUUCAGCACCGCUCCAUGCCAAGCCAUUAUACUGCCACAGGAAAACAGAAAACAAAGUCAUG